AUGGCCAACAGUGCUAAUACAACGAAAAAGAUUCGCAAUGUCGGAAUGGAUAAGUACAAUUCCGUGGCAGGUAGUUUAGCCAGUACUGGUGCUAACACCUGUGUUGCUGUUAUCGUUUUUUUUCACGAAAACAACAACAUUUUUAUCGAACAUCGCAACUCUUUUCCACAGCCGCUGAGUAACAACAGUAUGAAAAGAUGUUUGCAAUAUGUGGCAUCACAUAUCGAUGAUAUCAAUCACACCAACGCAACGAUUUCAUCCGUUUUCAUUCUUGGUGGUGUGAACAAAUCAAACGAUGUUGAGAAUAAACAAAGUGUUAUUGAAAAUAUAAUCAAGGAAAACGACAUUCAUGAUUCAUCUACAUACAGCAAGAUGAUCAAGAAUAUCAAAUUGAUGAAUGCUGCGAUUAAUCUGUACACAAAAUCGCCGAAUCAGAGCUGA